AUGGUGGUGAAGUUGAGUGAUGAACUUAACGUGAUUAAAAGCCUUUCAGAGGCUAAAGGAAAAACCAUGUGCGAUGUGUGUGUUGACUUUCACGACCUUCUGCUCUCCUAUGAUGAAAGAUCAUCGAAGGAACAAGAUGGAUUGGCAACACUUUGUAUUUCGGAUGUGGACACAACAUUACAUUAUGUUAAUCAGUGGGUACAAAGACAGUGCAUGUGCUGUUAUCGAGAAAUAAAAAAUUUUGAUCGAUUUAUACGGUUAACUCAAAGUGUUGUAUUAUGUACAUUACAACAGCUACAAAUUAUACAACAAAAUGGUCAGCAAGCAAAUGUUGGAAAAGCAUCAUCCAAAGACGAAAAAGAGGAAGAAAAAACAGAUGAAACUAAAAUAGAAAACUCAGAUUUUGCAGAAACAGAAACACAAACAAAACAGAACUGGUCUCAACAAGAUAGAGAAAAAUUGUUUCAUCUUCUUUCAAAAAUAUUUUUAUUAAAUUUUCCUCUUUAUAUUGCAAUGAAACAUGGUGGUGCAAUUAAUCCUUUAGCUCCAGUAAAAGAUGAAGGAGGAUAUUGUGAACCUCAUGAUCCAGAAGUGCCAGCUCCAUUAAUAAGAGCAGUUUCCAUAUUUUGUCAUCAAGGUGGCUUCAAUUUAAUGUCUGCUUGUUUUGAUAUGGAAAAUACAUUACCUGUUAGUCUUGCACACUCAAUGGUUGCAGUGAUUUGUAAUUUAAAACUUUGGUUGAAUUAUGGUAGUGUCAUUCAGCUCUUUAUACCAUUACGAAGUCGUGUUAUGAAAUAUAUGUGUCGCUUAGCAGAUAAAGAAUUACGCACACAAGCAGUUAGAACAAUGGCAGAUUUUAUGUGGAGUGCUGUAAAGGAUCCUAUUGAUGCUGUUUUACCAAGUUUUGAUCGUGAUGGAUUGGAUUUAGCAUUUAAAUAUUUUACUAGUACAACUUUAACUAUGAGACUAGCAGGAAUAGCUCAGAUAAAUGCUCAUAUCACUGCAUUCAAUGAACUUUGCAAUAGUGAAACUGUCGCUGAAGUGGAACAAGUGGGCCAUGCAUUGGCUGCUUGGUUAACAGAAAAUAAUAUAAUAGCUCAUAUAUUUGGACCAAAUUUGCAUGUAGAAGUGAUUAAACAAAGUCAUAUUGUAUUAAGUUUCUUAGCUAUGGAAGGUAGAAUUACAUGUUCAGAUAUGGAUACUAUGUGGCAAGCUGCGCAAUUAAAACAUUGUGGUCGUCCAGUAUAUGAUUUAUUGGCACCCUUAGUAAAACAUUUGGCUCCAACUCCAGUUUUACAUUUAUACUCUUUGUUAGGAAAAUUGGAGCCAAAGGACCACACAGAACAAAGUUUAUUUCUAGCAUCUGCCUUGAUAAAAUUUAUUUGGACAGCAGGUGGUUCAGGAUAUCCAAGAGGUUUAUCUAUAAAAAACAGAGAAAUUUUAAGAGGUAAUAGUGGUAUUGGUGGGAGUAGUACUAGUGAGCCUAGUGGAAUAGAUGGAAGCAGUCCAGACGAGGAUGAAGAAGAACCAAGUCCUGCACCAUCUGAAGGACCUUCACCAAGAAAACAAGCAAAAGGAGAUAGUAGUGAUGGAGAAGGUCUAUUUAAAGCAAAGAGUGUGGGCACAGCAGUUGUACAAACAAGUUUAAACGAAGGAGAAGAUCCUGUAAUAGAAAAAUCAGAAUGUUUUGCUGAAUCAAUAAAAGAUUCUACAUGCAGUAUACAAGAUGACAUAAAAGAAAAGCAGAGUGGGUCAGAUGCAGAAGCAGAUACAGAAAAAUCUAAUGCAGAAGAAACAGUUGCAAUAGAAAAAAGGAAGAGAAAAGUAUUAAGGAAACGGAAAAAGCCGCAAAAACGUUCAUUAGUUACUGUAGAUAAAACAUUAGAAGGCAUUGUUAAUGAAGAAAAUAAUGUGAAAACUAAAGAUUUAAUGUUAGAUAUGGAAUAUAGACUGGAUGUUUUAAACAGUUCUUUGGAUACUGGUGGAUUAGUUUCUAUGGAUAAUCCGACAUGUAUCGAUGCAAAAUGUGUUGAUGCAUUUGAUCGUGUAAAACAACAAGCAAUGGCUUUAGAUCCAAGUGAUCAACAAGUUCCGACAACGGCGGUACUUCUAGGAAGAGUUAACAAAAAUAAAUACAUGUCGUUAGUAGGGCAUAACGUAGAUCGAGCUCCUGAUUCUGCAGAUACUUCACACGAUGAAGAUGAUAGUGAUGUCGCUGGUGUCCUUGCAGCAGCAGAUGGACCUGGUGCUGUUAUAUCAGAACUUGCUGGUUUAGUACAUGCAAGUGGACCUACAUUUCUACCUUCAGGACUAGAUGAGAUGCUUUCAGAUGAAGAAGGAUCCUAUAGUAGUAGAAUAUCUAACAAAAGUGAAAAAAAUAUGGCAGAUUUUGAUGGAGAAGAAAGUGGUUGCGAAGAAGAAUUAGCUCAAUUAGCUGCGCGUCAUUUAACAGCUAUACAAAUGCAAUCUUAUCAUCCUCAUCACUCUCAUCCAACAAUGACUAUCAGACGAUCUGUUUGUCGUCCUCCACAAGUAAGAAGCAUUCGCCAAACAGUAACACAUGUUAGUUCCCAAUUCAACUUGGAUACUGUAUGUAAGCCUGGAAAUACGUUGUUAUGGGAUCUUCUGCAAGAUGAUAAAAUUGGUCAGUUAGGAGAAGGUUUAGCUUUGGAAGCUGAAAAAGCUUUGUGCAAUCUUUUAUGUUUCAAUGUUGACCGAUUAAUACCUAUGAAAUUCAUAGAAGGUUGUUUAGAAAAUCUUGCAACCAACCGUUCUGUUGUUGUAUCUUUAAGAUUAUUACCUAAAUUACUUGCCAGUUUCCAACAAUUUGGUGCAAUGGAUGCACAUACGAUAACAACAUGGGCUGAUCGUGAACGUGGAAUGAUGAAACAUUUCUUUAAUAAUCUAAAAGCAUACACUAGCACAGGGCCAAAAAAUAACUUAUAUUCCCAUCAAACAGAAAUACAAGUUAGACUGCAAUUUUUAUCUUCUAUUUUUUCACCUUUAGGUUCACCUGAUUGUUUUCGCCUAAGUCUCGAACAGGUGGACAUAUUAUGGCAGUGUUUGUCACAAGAUCCAACAUGUGCUGAUGAACUUUUUAGCUGGUUACUUAGUCAAGCAAAAUCAACAGAACAACAUGCACUUGGAAUGGAUACACUUAAACAUUUAUGUAUGCGUAAAUUACCGAGCUUACCACCUGAAACUAUCAGUAUGACUGGUCUUAGUCUUUUUCAACAAUUGUGUAACUUAGCUCGUUUAGCCGCUGCUCAUUUGGAUAGACCUUUAAGAGAUGUAGAUUCAGUUGGUAUGGAUUUUUUGUGGCGAAUUGCACUAAAAGCUAAAAGUACAGAUGUUAGCAUGGCAUCUAUACAAUAUUUAAACGGAUAUUACAUGUCUAGACAAUUAACUCAAGAAGCAGAGUUUGUUUCGCAAUGUAUGACUCACCUUGCUGCAGCCAGUGCCGAUUUAGAAAUGAACGAAGAAGCUAGUUUACGUUGCAUACAAAGAGCUUUGUUGCUAUUAAGGACACAUUUAGAAGCGUUUCGAAAACGGUACGCAUAUCAUUUACGUCGCUGGAUAUUGGAAGGCAGAGGUGCUGGUAGUCACGUCGCUAUGAAUACUUCAGAAAAAGGCCAACAGCUAAGAAUAUUUGUACAACCUGCAGGAAUUCCUGAAAAAACAAGUUUCACUCUUCUUAGUACUGAUUAUGUAGCGGAUUUAAGAGCAGAAGUUGCUAAAUGGUGGGAUGAUACUCAAAAUAAUCAAGAAAAAUCAUCAUCUACUACAAAUUCAAAUCAGAAUAAUGGUUCAGUAUUAGGUUCUUUACUUACUGAUGGGCCAAUUAGAAUGAUUACACAAGGUCAAGAAUUGACUAUUGAUUUUGAUGAAAAAACAUUACAAGAAAUGGGAUUUAAAGAUGGCCAAUUAGUUUUUAUUUCUCCUGGGGCUGGUCGAGGUAAUGGUACAGGUAGAUGUAAUAAGCGAGAUGUGGAUUCACCAUCUCUUCUGCCACCACCUCCUCGAGAAUCUUUACCGACAUUAUUAUUAUUACGACCACAGUAUUUUGAACAACUGUUUACGCUUAUGAGAACUUUAAGUGCUAUGAAAACGGUAGUGAAAGGAGGACAGGAAAUUCCUCACACAAAAGCCCAAGUACUUUCUAGAGGAGUAUGGGAUACAUUAACUUUAUUACCAACUAGUCCAACCUUAUUGAGAGGAUUUCAAAAAUUGGGGGAAACCACUCUGCCAGAAUUAUUAGAUCCUGCUAGUCCUCAAAAAUUAAUGUAUUCUUUAUAUAUUGUGGAAUCGUUAAGUAGACGUAGUAUAACGAAUCAACCUUCUGUUGUAAAUUGUACAUCUAGUGCGUCUGGCAAUGAGGGCGAUGGCGAUGUAGACGAUAAUGCUGAAGACAAAGGAAUAGAUAUUGCUUGGUCCACAUUGUUCAUUCAGCAUGGAGGUUUGCGUCAUUUAUUUGAUAUUUUUAUGUCUGGAUGCUUGGAACAAGGUGAUGGUAGUGAAUGGCAGCAGGACUGCCUUGCUAGCUUAUUAAAACAAUUGUGUUAUUUGGGUGUUGUUAAGGAAGAGAAAAAACGAAGUAAAGCAGAUAAACUGCUUGUACCUAAACUAAGUGAAGUAAUGCUCUCAAUGAUAAAUGUUGAAGCUGUUAUGUCUCGAAUAACAAAUAUAUUAAAUGAAGCCUCUUUACCUAGAGAUCCAAAUCAUUACAAAACAGGACUUUUUGGACGAUCACAAGUUAUACAUUAUACUAUGGCUUUGUUAGUUUAUUGGGUACACAGUGAUGAAACAGUUAAACAGUAUCUUUUUUCAUCAUCAGAACCAUUUGGAAAAACUUGGUUAAGAAGAUUAGUGUUGGAAGAUCCAGAACCAGCAGUGAGAAGAGAAGUUUGUACAGCAUUAUAUAGAUUAUGUCUAGGAACCACAGGAUCUGAAGAUGAAAAUUCUGGUAAUCCCAAUUUGAUUGUACCAAUGCUAAAUACAUUAUUAGAACAUCUUGUGAUUGCCGAAGCAAUGCAACCUUCUCAUCGAAAACCGGAUUUACCGUUGCACCUACAUCCAGUUCUUGAUGAUGGGAAAGAACCAUAUGGACCUGCCUGUAGGGAUUAUUUUUGGCUUGUUUGCCGAUUAGUUGAUUCUCUUCCAGAAGAAACCAUCAAAGAAGGAUCAGAUGAUUCAAAUUUAACAAUAGAUCUUGAAACUCUAGCAAUAAGAGUAAUUGAUUCAGUUUUAAAUCGAGAUCAUCUUGAGACACGUCAUAAUACAAUAGAAGACGAUGGUUUAGUUGGAUUAUUAAAUCUUACUUGCAAUAUUAUGACACAUAAUCCACCUUGUAAGCAAGGAAAAAUUGGACAGAAUUUGUUACAUGAAGUAUUUGAUUUUCUGUUUGCAUUACCUAAUCCUCGAUCAAAACAUGUCCCAAAAUGUAAAAGUCAAGUUUCCAGAUCAGCAGCUUUCGAUCUUUUGGUCGAACUUGUCAAAUCUGCACCCGAUAAUUAUAGAAUUCUACAUGAAAAAUUAUUAGCUCAACAUAAACCUGGUCCUCAUUCUCCAUAUCCAUGGGAUUAUUGGCCACAUGAAGAUGGACGUUCUGAUUGUGGAUAUGUAGGUCUUACAAAUUUAGGUGCCACUUGUUACAUGGCUAGUUGUAUGCAACACUUGUAUAUGAUGCCGCAAGCACGUGUCUCUAUAUUAGGAGCUGAUUGUAAUAGAGCAAAUAAGCAUCAACUCACAUUAAGAGAACUACAAAGAAUGUUUGCUUAUCUUUUAGAGUCUGAAAGAAAAACAUAUAAUCCUCGAAGCUUUUGUCGAGUAUAUACCAUGAAUCAUGAGCCUCUUAAUACUGGAGAACAAAAGGAUAUGGCUGAAUUUUUUAUAGAUCUUGUAUCUAAAUUAGAAGAAAUGACGUCAGAUUUAAAAAAUUUGGUAAAAACAUUAUUCUGUGGUGUAAUAUCUAAUAAUGUUGUAUCAUUAGAUUGUGAGCAUGUAAGUAGGACACUUGAAGAAUUUUAUACUGUACGUUGUCAGGUAGCUGAUAUGAGAAAUCUUUACGAAAGUUUAGAUGAAGUUACAGUUAAAGAUACUUUAGAAGGAGACAACAUGUAUACAUGUUCACAAUGUGGUAAAAAAGCAAGAGCAGAAAAAAGAGCAUGUUUUAAAAAAUUGCCACAUAUACUUUGUUUUAAUACAAUGAGAUAUACAUUUAAUAUGGGAACUAUGUUAAAAGAGAAAGUUAAUACACAUUUUAGUUUUCCAUUAAGAUUAGAUAUGUCGGGAUAUGUUGAGAAAAAACUUAUGCCACAACAUUAUCAGGAAGAAAAAAAAGCAUCUGAAAAGAGGAAAUCUGAAGGUGAUUGUCAAUCUGGAUUAGACAAUAAUGACAGUGAUCCAGAAAUGGAACAUUAUCAGUAUGAUUUAAUUGGUGUAACAGUUCAUACUGGCACAGCUGAUGGUGGACAUUAUUAUAGUUUUAUUAGAGAUCGUACAUCACCCAAUAAAGAUAAAUGGUUUUUAUUUAAUGAUGCAGAAGUUAAACCAUUUGAUCCGAACCAAAUAGCAGCAGAGUGUUUUGGUGGAGAAAUGACAAGUAAAACCUAUGAUUCUGUUACGGAUAAAUUUAUGGACUUUAGUUUUGAAAAAACAAAUUCAGCCUAUAUGCUAUUUUAUGAAUGGUGUGCUGAUCUAGGUGAUCAAGCAAAAGAGGAAGAAGCUACUGUUUCCAGUCCAAAUGGACGACAAUCUAGUUUGUUGAUUCAUAAGAAUACUAAUAAAUUACCACCAUUGGAAUUGAAUAAAGAACUUGAAGAUUGGAUAUGGCAGGAUAAUAUGCAUUUUUUACAAGAUAAAAACAUUUUUGAACAUACAUAUUUCACAUUUAUGUGGCAAGUAUGUGGUUAUAUACCACAAACAUUACUCUCUAUACAAUCUGAUAUAACAGAAAUGUCAGCAGAUCUUUCAACAUCAUUUUUUAUGGAAACUUUUAUUCAUGCCAAGGAAAAACCAACCAUGGUGCAAUGGGUAGAGUUGUUAACAAAACAAUUUAAUGGUUCAGCUGGUGCAUGUGCUAGAUUUCUUGAAAAAAUGGCUGGAGAUUCAUGGUGGCCAAUUCAAAUUCUAGUCAAGUGCCCCAAUCAAAUGGUAAGACAAAUGUUCCAAAGGCUAUGUAUUCAUGUGAUACAACGUUUGCGCGCUACUCAAUCACCUUUGUAUCUUCUUUGCGAUGAAGAAAAUGACGUAAAUACUGUCGGCACACGAUCGUGCGUGACAAGAUUUGUGAGAAUGCUUUUGUCUCUUAUGGAACAUGCAAAACAACAUUUGAAACACCUUACUGAAUAUUUCAGUUUUUUAUAUGAAUUUAGUAAAAUGGGCGAAGAAGAAACGCUAUUUCUAAUAAGGGUACAAGCUAUAUCGACUAUGGUAAAUUUUUAUCUUGGACAUAAAACACAUGAAUUUGUUGAUGCAGUUAGUGAAGAAGAAGAGGAAGAAGAAGUUGUUGCUAUGCCAACAGAAAAAUUGAGGCCUGCCUCUUUAGAUAAAAUGAUCACCUUAAUAGCAACUUUGGUUGAGCGUAGCAGAGGACCUGACCAUAGACUAGCAUUGUCUCCAGCAGAUUUUAGUGCUGUAGCAGGGGGUAAAGGAUUUCCUUUUUUGCAUCAGCAAACGCGAGAUGUCAUUAAUCUCAACCAAACACGUAACUUGAUACAGUCUUUAUGUCGUUGGAAUGAUAGACUAGCAAUGCAUAUUGUAACAAUGAUAUUCCAAGCUAUAACAAAACAUACAGAUGUUUGUCAACCAUUUUUCAAACUUCUGACAUUACUAACCGAGAGCUCAGGUUUAAGUGGCUUGCCAUGUAUGACCCAACUGAUUUUAGGCAGAGUUUGGGAAGCAGCUAGAGUUGCUCCACAUGGAGCAUUAGAGUGGCUAGCUUUAGCUGUUACAAGAAGUAAACUUGCACAUGCUUGGGUAUUACAAGGAUUAGAUACAUGGUUGCAACAUUUUUUGUUGGAACAUUCAAAUCAAAGAGUUCGUUCUGCAGCUGCUUUUCUUCUUGUGUCAUUGGUUCCAUCUACUCAUUUCAGACAAGGUUAUCGCAGUGCUCAUAGGUUAGGUUUAGGAUGCAAUACAUCUAGAGAACUACAGUUGUCUCCAGAAGCUACUUUAAUUUUACAUAAAAUAUAUACAGCACUUUUACGAUUAUUGCAACCUGCAAGACAUUAUAUUGAUAUACAAAGUCAUGGUACAAUGAAACUCACUGCCUAUUUUGCAUUACUUACAUAUUGUGUUAUUUCCAAGACAGAAAAACUAAUGUUUGGGCAAUAUUUAAAUGAUUUAUGGACACUUUUCCAUCCAAAACUUUCUGAACCUAGCAUUCCAGUGCAUCAUAAUAAACAAGCUGUGCUACUAUUUUGGUAUCAUGUUUGUUCCGAUUGUCCAGAAAAUGUAGCUCUUAUACUUCACAAUCCUCAUAUAAUCAAGAAUAUUGCAUUUAAUUAUAUACUCGCCGAUCACGAAGAUCAGGAUGUGGUAUUAUUUAAUAGAGUAAUGUUACCUGCUUAUUAUGGUUUACUACGAUUAUGUUGUCAACAAUCACGCACCUUUACGAGGCAGUUAGCUGCACAUCAAAAUAUUCAGUGGGCAUUUAAAAAUAUAACACCUCAUCCUACUCAAUAUUCGACUGCGGUAGAUGAAUUAUUUAAAUUGAUGCAAUUAUUAGUUGCAAGACAUCCUGAUCAAACAGAACAAGAAGAAGCUGAAAUUGCAUCGUUUAGAAGAGGAACCUUAUCUUCGUACUUACAAGGACUAGAUGGACGAUCAUGUUGGGCUACACUUAUUUCUGCAUUUCGUAUUUUGAUUGAAUCAGAUGAUGAUCGGCUGUAUGUUGUGUAUAAUGGAGGAUUAAGUAUGGCUUUAGAAGCAUUUCAUAUGCUGCAUAUCAUGUAUCACGAAGCAACAGCAUGUCAUGUUGCUGGUGACUUAGCUGAAUUAAUAGCUAUUAUUGUGGAUCUUGUACGAUGUAUCAGAACUGCUAGAGAUGGACCCGAUGCAAGAAAUAUAUUAGCAAAUUGUAAAGAAUGGCCAGAUAUUUUACGGAAAUUAGCAACAUUGUUAAAUACAUAUAAUCCUCCAGAUAUGAGAAAUCUUGCUAUUGAUCUUUUAAAAGAACUUGUGAUGCUUGUUCCUGCCGAAGCAAUCUCGAUUUUGGCACCAUUAUUAUCACACUGUCAUGCAGCUCUUCAAGAAUCUCACGCUGCUGUCCCACCAGGACCAUAUCUUCCAAGAAGAUCUACUCCUCCAGGAAAAAUGCCUACUCGACCUGCAAGACCAAUGGUUCAGAUGGCAGUACCACAUUCUCAACUAGAGGCAUCUAAAGGAGUAGAUCCAGAAUAUGAUAAUGCUUUACUUGAAUUUUAUUUACCAUAUCACGAACUUAUUGAUGUAAUGUGCAGAUUAGCAAUUAAUAAUGAUUGUAUGACAGAUACAUUAGUCAAUCUGAGUGCUAUGUUAGGAUUUGAAGGUGUUCCAUUACAUUUAGCCUUAUUUCCUAGAUUAUGGUUAGACGUUCAUGCUGCUACACAUAUAGACAGAAAACAUAUUGCAUCUCUUCUUUGUUCUUCCUACACAGUGGAUUAUGUAGAUGCUGUGUUAUUAGAUGAAAGAUCGUCAUUAGGGAUACCAGCAAUUCAUGCUUUUCUAAAAACUUUCUUUCCAAAACUUGCUAAUCAUGUAUUAACUGAACAAACUUGUUUACUUAUUGACAAUUUAGUUAGUUCUAUGAUGGCAAUGGUGGAAGCAGUAGAUAUUCAAGCAUCUGCACAUAGAUUAACAGGAGAUUUGAGAGCUUUAGCUCUUGUCUAUAAUAGCAGUACAAGACUGAAACCACCAAGUAGCUUGUUACCUGCUUUAGAAACACUAUUGUCUCGAACUAGGGCAAUUAAAGUGAAAGAAUCUAAUCAACAAGAAACAGAAGCUCCUACGAAAAAACGUAAGUUUAUGGUGAAUGAGAACAGUGAAAGCACUGAUAAAGAAUUACAUUUACCAAUCAAAGAACUUAAUGAUCAGAAAAACAUUUCUAACAUAAACAUUGAAGAAAAAGACAAAGUAGAAGUACAUGAUAUGACUUCCUCUGAUUCCGGAGAUGAUAAAACCAUAUCAAGAAAUAAUAUUCAAACAGAAAAUAUUCCUACAAACAUCAGUACAUUAUCCUCAAGUUUAAUUGAUACUGUGACAACCAACAAUUGUACGAACCAAUUGCGGUGUUCGUUGACUAAUAUUUCUUGGUUUGAAAUGUUGGAAAAGACGAUUCUUGAUCUGCAAACUAUUGUGCAAUUGCAAGCGAAAAGUAACUAA